CUGAGCCAGUGUUAGAGAAGGUUGUGGCGCCAGCUGCUCCUGUACACCUUGGCAUACUCUGAGGAAUAUUGAUCUACCACCAAUAUGUCGCUCUUCGGAUCGCUUAUGAGAGGCUUUGACGAUGACCCCUUUUUCGGAGGACACCGGAGCAUCAUGAGACAGAUGGACCAGAUGAUGGCCUCCAUGAUCCGCGACCCCUUCGAAGAGGACCCCUUCUUUGGCGGCGGUGGCGGCGGCGGUGGUGGUGGCGGCGUUUUCCCUGCCUUGACGGCGGUGCCUGCCUUGACGGCGGUGCCUGCCUUGACGGCGGUACCUGCCUUGACGGCGGUACCUGCCUUGACAGCAGGCCCAGCUUUGACGGCGGGCCCCACCCCAACCACCAAUGCCGUUGUGGCAGCCAGGUCACAACGCCCCAGGCCCCGAGACCCUUUCUCCGCCCUCGGUCUUCCCACCAUGGCUAACAUGAUGUCUUCCAUUGACCAGAUGGCCCAACAAGGAAGCUGCCACAUGUACAGCAGCUCCUCUGUGAUGACCAUGACGACAGGACCUGAUGGUCGACCACAGGUUUACCAGGCUACAUCCUCCACCAGGGGAGUUCCUGGUGGUGUGAGGGAAACACGCCGAACAAUUAAUGACAGUCGAACUGGCACACGAAAGAUGGCAAUUGGUCAUCACAUUGGAGAGCGUUCUCAUAUUAUAGAACGUGAGCAUACUGCAAGGAAUAUGGAGGAGAGACAGGAAUUCAUUAACCUUGAAGAAGAAGAGGCACCUCAGUUUGAUGAUGAAUUUCGCCGCCGCACCCAGCAAGCCAUGGGUGUUGGGUCAUUGGAAUACCGACCCAGACACCGCCCCUCAUCCUCCUACAAUCCUCGUGUUUCCAGUGCUCCAGCUAUAACUUCCUCUUCCAGGUACAGAAGCCGAUCUCGACCAAUGCUUUCCAUCACUGCUGGCCCAAGGUAAACCCAGGAAAACAUCGGGUUACCCUGGUAAAGUGAGGAUCGUGCUAGACGGCGUGAUAGAGAAGAGCGAGGACAUCGAUCACAUCGCCGCAAUGAGCCAAACAUGUAACAGCUGAUGUUGUUAUAAUAGAAUUUAUCAUUCAUUGUAUUUGGAUUUCCUCAAUAUUUACUAAUAGAUAUCAUGUAUCAUUUAUUAUAGUGGAUAUUAUAUGAAUAGGAACCAAACAGUUGAUUUUAAUAUAAUACUACAAUUAGCCUUAAGAAUGACUUAGUUUAAAUAGAAAGAAAAGUGUAGUAUAAAAUAUGUUGAUAAGAACAGAUAGCAUGAAAUGCAUUUGUUGAAGGAAAUAAAUGAGUUGAAAAGGAAACUAUUACUUGCAUAGCGAAUCCUGCUGUGCACAAAGUAGAAUUUUCCAUAUAGUACAGUAUGUUGUUGAUCUUUUUUCUUCAUAUGGAGUCAGUACAACAUCAUUUAAAUGUGUGUAAAUAUAUUAGUCUAUGAUAGCAUGAGCUAAGGGGACAUGGAGUAAUAUAUGAGAGCUAAAGAGAGAAUAAAACUACCUUAUAAUUGAUCUCAGAUCCUGAAAGCAAUGUGUUUCUCAAUUAUUGCCAAUAUAAAUUGAUUUUUCAGUCCUUGGACCAUAUUUUCAGAAUACCUUUACAUGUGCGUGUAGAUUCAUUAUUAUUACUGUUACUUUAUUACACAUUGAUCUAAAAGCUGUUGACUAUUCAGAACUAUUGCAACCAGCUUUCUCUCUUGAAUUGAAAACCAGUGAUAACAUUUAUGCUCCCUUCACUUGCAGACAGUUAAUGAUUGUUUUUAAGUAUUAUGUCGUAGUUAGUAUAAAUGAUAUGAAAUGAAUAGCUCUAAGAUUCUUAAAGGUGAUACGAAUGUUUUGAGAAGUGAAAAUAGGAUCAUCCAUCAGAAUGUUAACAUUCAACUCUGUAUGGUUAUCAUGUAGGCCCAUCUUCAUUAAGUCACAGGUGUAGUGUAAUUCUCAGUUUACAAUACACAAGCAAGAAGCCUGAAAAUUGCAAUGAAUGUAGGAACACAUCAAGUAUCAUUGAUUGUAUGGUGUGUAGGAUUGUUUAUCACAUGAGGGAAUUUUGGUUUCCUAUACUCCUGAAGUGAGGAGCCUAAAACAGCUGUAUUUUUAAUGAAGGUGUAAAAAAAUCACCAUUUUGUACUGCUGUAUCCAAACAUACUGUAUUUAUCACUGCCUGUGGCAAACCUCAAAUAGUAAAGACUUUGAUAUUAGUUCCUUGACAGUAGUUUAUAUGAAAUGCUAGUGUGUAUGGUACCAGUAGGUGAAUUACUUUUAAUCCAUACUUGCCUCAUUAUUGUGGCAUAAAGAAUAUCCAAAUGUCUUCAUAUAUCUAGCAAAUUAUGUGUACAAAUUUCUUUCAAUCAGUGUGACUUCAUCAGUGGUAUUUAUUUAACAGGUGAAGAUAGUUUUUGUUUUCCUUACUUAAGCUAUUAUUUGUGUAGUAUUAAUCUUGACUAGGCACUUAUUCCUUCUUUUCACAACAUAGUGAAGAAGUGUUAUAGUAUUUGUGAUUAUUGUUAAAAUCAUAGUAUUCUGCAUAUUAUGUAUAAAAUAUUAGUUGUCUAUCCACAACAGUUACAGUAUGGCACUGAUAGAUCCUGGACGUAUUAAAUGCAAAAAUAAAAUGUUUGGUGAAAGGACUUUAAUAUUUUCAAAAUAGAAAAAUUCUAAAUACUUGUAUAAUAGAAAAUACCUAUUUUAUAAACUAAUGUGUAAAACUACAUAGACUGACAGGAAAAAUACUGAAUAUACAACCACUUAUAUACAUAAUAUUUUAUGGAAUACAUCUGGUAAAACAUUAACAUUCAAAAAUAAUUUGUAUUUAUUUAUUUUUUGUUUUUUUAAGGUUUUAUAGUUCCCAUAAGGGAAGUGAACUUUACAACAUACUUUACUGAAUUAGUGCUGGUGGAAAAUAUCUACAUUUAACUUUUCUUGUUUCUGUUGUGGUGUUAUGUAUUGUAGCUACUCACUGUAUUGAGGUUGUCUUGACCCCACUACCUUUAAUAUUAUAACCAAUACAUAAUAUUAUGAUAAGUGGAUCAUCUAGAACAUGCAGUGUCAAAAUGAGCUGUACAAAAGAGAGAGGUUAUCAUAUCUGGUAAAAAUGUUAACUCAAACAUUUCUAUACACCCUGUCUUUCUGUACUCCAGUGAACUACUUUUGAAAGAGAUUUUAUGGAAUUUAAUGAAUAUUGGAAAGGGACUGAAUAGUUGUGAUGGCGUGCUUAUUGCAUAUGAAAAUAGGACAAAUAGUUUUUGUAAGAGCUACAAACCAAGAAACAAUUGAAGAGCCAAAUUAUGAUAGAAGAAUAAAGUGUAGUAAGAAAAAUAUAAUAACGCUAUGGUUUAUGACUAAUUUGAGUGUAAAUGAAUGUUAUAAGUACAUUACCCAACAAUCAAGGAGAUUUUUGGAUGCUGUUACUUAAUUUCAAGUACAGUCAGCACCCACUUAAUGUAUAUUAAUGCUUUCCUGAAAAUGUGCAUGUUAGGUGGAAUUACCUUAUGUGGAAAUUAAUUUUCCAUAGAAACUCAUCUUAUAAAUUCAAAUACAUCACAGAAUAUUUUCACACCUUUUUUUUUUUUUUACCCCAAAUUGCCUCAUAACAAUAAUAGAAUGGUGAAAUAUAAGCAAGUAAACUUAAAAUAGUGAACAAGUUUCCUAACUUAAAUAAUUUUGUCCCCUUCUAUACUCGACUUAAGGAAUAUUUAUGGAUGAGAAGAGGAAUUAUUACUUGGAGGUAGAGGGACAGCUCUCAGGGAAUUUAGCUGGAGAUGAAGCUGCAGUUUUAUCCAAAGACUGUUGAUGAGUUGCCUUCUUCAUUUCAUCAUUAAGAAUUUUGUAGGAAGCUAUGGCAUAGUUUAUCUUUGCCUUUCACUAUGGUAUUUAUAGUUGAAAAGGGCAAACCAAGCUCACAACUGAUAGACACCAUACUCUCAGCUCUAUUUUAACUUUGUCUUCAAAAAUAAUAAGUGUACGGUUUCUUCUUAAUACCACAAGAUGCAGCAGGAUCUAUUUUACUAGCCUUUCCGUUUUUGCUUGAAGUACUGUACAGUACACUGUAAACACAACUAGCUGUGACUACAACCAAAGCAAAACUAACAACAAAACAAAGCAAAGUGUCAAUGAGUGUUUGGCAGUGGACAGGUUCAGCACAGGUGCAAUGUAUGUACCUGCAGAUGUAAGCAUGUAAGGUUGGACAAUUGGUACCAUUAUAAAAUGUACAUGCAGUUAUACAUACAUUAAGUGGGUGUCAACUAUACUCCAGCAUGUGCCAGUUGUCAGUAUUUCAGUACCAGUGCAAAUUAUAAUAGAAAUUAUUAGACAGUAAUAAUGUGGAAAUUACAUUCGAUAUCACAAUACAUAUUUGGUAUUUUGUACCCUGUUCCCUGAGUAUUGGCUUGGGCAAUUAAUAAUUAAAACAUAUAUUUGCAACACUGCACUCUGUUACAAUGUGUCUUCAACAGCCCUAAUGAGACCACAAUCCACACAUCCUAGACACACACGGCCACUGCAGGAGACAUUUGGACUCGUGUAAGUUAAAGAUAUAAGCUGUACGUGAUUUUAGAUUUAUACAUGAUUUGCCUAGCUUUGCAUGUCGAAAAUGAUUGAUUUUAAAGGUUGUUGUCCCUUUCCUCCUCUUAUUUCUCUGUAUUACAAAUUAAUCAGUAUGUUUUCCCAUAUUGUGUGUUUCAAAAUGUAGAUGACUGAUAAUAUAUACUAUUACUCAAGGUUAACACUGUAUAAGUUCUAGGAGAAAAGGCAGAUAUUCACAGAAUCAUGUGCAAGAAGCGACUCAGGAAAAUUAAAAAUGUAAACAUCUUAAUUUUUUCUGUAUGGAAGCUAACACACCAAAGAAUAUGCCACCAUCAAUGCCUUAUAGUUGGAUGUACUAUUAUGGAUUUCCUCUUUCUGCUUCUUUGGACUUUGUUCAAAGCUAUUUAUUGAAAAUAAAUACUUUCAAUGA